UAUUUUUACUUUUGUAUAUAUAUUGUUUUUAAAAAAAAGAAAAAAAUUUACCUUCCCGCAACCGCCCGCAACCGCAAACGCUAGCUGGAGCCAGCCUUUGAAUUUAUGAGAUUCGGAGCGGUUUGAAGCGGUUUAGAGUGAUUUGAUUGAUUGUUGCAAACCGCCGACAACCGCUACCAACCGUAAAAGCUGCGUUUGCGGGUGGUAGCGGAAAAACCAGUCACCCCCUAAGACUAGAAGUUACCAACCGUAAUUUUAUCUUUAUUUUGGUUCAGGCAGAAUAAUAAAACAUAUGAAUUUCCAACGGAGUUUUGGACAAAAUUAAAUACGUAGGAUGUUUUCAACAAAAUCUUGACUAAACACCGAUAAAAAAAUUUCGUCAAAAAUCCAUCGAUUUGUUUUCACAAAUUCCUGAUAAAAUUUGAAAUAUAUCCAUCAGAUAUUAGAAUUCUUAUAGAUUCCUGACGAAAUAAAUACAUAUUUAUUUUCAAAUAUACCCAUCAAGAAUUCUGUUAGAAAUUUCUUAAAAAAUCAUAACAAAAUUAAAUAAAUAUUUAUUUUUAAAUAUAUCCGUCUGAAAUCUGUCAGAAAUUCUCAACGGAUUCCUAAAAAAAUAUUAAAUAUUUAUUUUUAAUAAAUCCUUCGAGAACAUUUCAGGAAUUCCUAACGGUUUUCUAACAAAAUUAAAUAAAUAUAUAUUUUUAAUAUAUUUAUCAGAAAUUCUAGAAAGUUUCUCAAAUAAAUUAAAUAAAUAUAAAUUUUAUAUAAAUCCUUCACGAAUUUCCUAUGGAAGUAAUAAAAAUUGAUUUAUGUCAGAAAUCCGUUGGGAAUUCUUCAUAGAUUUUCUAAAGGAUACCAAUUUAGGGUCUUAAAUGUAUAGAAUUUAGGGUUUACGGUUUCAAAAAGAUUAAAGGGUCAUAUAAUAAAUAUAAAAAGAAUGUUGGGCACCAUAAACACUUAAUAUUGGAAACUAAUUACAUCACCUUAGGGUAAUUUGAAUGAAUUACAAAAAUUCAAAUUAAUGAUAUGUAUACUUAUACAUAUGAUAAACCAAAUCGAUAGAUAAUUUUCUUAAAAUAGUAUAAUUGUUUUGGAUAGUGUGUGAGAAUGAUAAACCUUUCUUUAUCAGAUGUAUAACAUAAUCAGAUAUCGUCAAUAUUUUUUUCUUUUAUUAUUCAUAACCGGAACGACAAUCCGUUUGACAAUUUUUAUGGAAUUUUCAAGUCUGUCAGAAGUCCGCCGGGAAUCUUCUACAAAAUUUUGACGUAUGAAAAUACAUUCAAAUUCUUUUUGACAAAUUUUUGAUGGAAAAUUAUUUUUGCAUCGAUUCAUGAUACCUUAUUGGAAAGCCAAACUCUUAAAAAAUCCAAUAAAUAUACUGAAAAAUUCUCGACGGAUAGGAUAUUAUGUGGGAAAUCCAAAAUAAACUUGGAAACUUGACCGCCAAAUUUAUGGAUUACCACACAAAAAAAACAACGGAUUCCUGAUGAAUUUUUGUCGCAAAUUAUUAAUACAUAUUUGCCAAACACUUAUUCUUUUCCACUAGACUCUCCUCUCCCUAAAAGCACAAAACUCUUAUCUCUCGUCUUUUUCUCUCAAAAUCGUCUCCCUCUCUCCUAAAAUCACCACCAAAUCAUGAAAGUUUCCAUUUUAAAUGAGACUGUUUGAUUAAAACCUGUUAUGUUGUUGGUUUUAGUUGUUUGGAAUUUAAGGAUUUUGAAUAUAAAAUUAAAUUCGAAUGGUAGUUUAAGGAUUUUAAUGUUUGUAUUAGGUUAUGUUAGUUUUAGGAAUAAUCUUUGUUUUUAUCAAAUUUUUGAAUCUUUUUCUUAUGAAAAACUGAUUUCUAUUUUAAAUUAAUUGUAUUAUUUUAAAAAAAAAAUUUUUUUUUUGUUUUUAGCCACAUGAAAAAACAUUUUUACAAUUUGUUUUUCAAAAAUUCAGUUUUUUACAAAUUUUUAACAAAUGUUAUGGAUUUGGAUAUUAGUUUUAAAUAUUUGGAUGUUAGUUUUAGAAUUUAAUGUUAAAUUUAGGAUUUAAAUGCUAAUUUUAAGAUUUUAGAUGCUUGUUUUAAGUAUAUUUUUUUGUGUUUAUGAAAUUUUAAAAACGUUUUUAUAUGUAAGACCUGUUUUGAAUUUUAAAUUAAUAAUAUUAUUUUAAAAUAAUUUUUAAAACAAGUUUCUGUCUUACAAAUUUAUAAACGUUUUUAACAACAUUUUCAAUAAAUAAAAUAGUUUUUAAUUUUUUAGUAAUUUGUUUAUCCAAAUUUUCAAUAUUUAAAUAAUUAUUUCUUUUUAUUCAAGCAAUAUAUAUAUAUAUAUAUAUAUACUAAUUUUUGAUUAAAAAUAUUGUAAUUUGAAAAACGUUUUAAUUUUUUUAAUACUUUCUAUAAUUUUAAAGUUUAUUACUUUAAAAUUUGUAAGCCUUAGAUAUGAUUUGUCAGUUUAGGUUUUAGAUUGGGUAUUUAAAUUAUAAUUUUUUUGUAUACUUAAACUUUUUUUUAUCAUAAAUACCAUUUUUCAUUUUUAAAAUUAUUAAAAAUAUAAUUUUUUUAAAAUAAUUUUAGAAAUUGAAAGAAUUUGAUUUUUGAUGAAUUUCUGAUAGACAAUUCCUUACGUAAACGUUUCCAGAAAAUUUCUGGUGGAACUUGUUUGUUGGAAAUUUGUCGAUACAAAUAUUCUUGAUAAACAAUAUUUGUUGGAAAUUUAUGUUGAGAAUCCAUCGAGAAUGUUUCAAUAAUUAUCUAUAAAUUUUUUCCCUGAUGAGAUAGAUCUAAUGAAAUGUAUUACUCUGAAAUUGGUCGAAUUGUUUUUUCCGACAAAAUUCCAACAAAGACGUUAUCAAAAAUAUGAGUUUUUCCUGUAAAAAAAUACUUAAAUAUUUUAAACAGAUUAUACAUUUUUACAACUGAUGAAAAAUGUAUACAAAGAACCUUAUGUCGAGAAUUCAACUGCUUAAGUAUUUAUUCCAAAACAUUGCAUUUACAGAUACUACAUAUAAAAUCUAUAUCUUAUAGAAAGAAAAACUUUCUGUAAUAAUUUUCUAAACAAUAGCGAAAGUAAAAUAGUAAAAAAAUAAUAUAUUCUGAGUUAUAUAACAAAUAUCAUACUAAGUUAAGGACAAAAUAGUCAAAAUACAUCAAAAGUUCAAAACUAGCAAAGUAAUAAGCUUGGUUUUCUCAAUUUCUUAAAAAAUAUUCGUGAAGCUUUAAUAUUAUUUAAUUUUGUUUUAGGUUGGAAUGAUGAGCAAUAAAUAUUUUUCAUUUCAAUUGUAAAUUCAAAAAAUAAUAUAAAACAAUUAAAAUUUAAUAUAAAUUUCGAUAAUGUUUUGUCGAUAAUACAAAUAACUUAAAUAGAUUUGAACAACUAAAUCGAUCAUAUUUGAUCUUUUUUUAAUGCCUAUAUUGAAUGCUAAAUAGCAAUUCAGUAGAUUUGAUACCAAACCAAAACAGAAUAAAAACAGAAAAACACACAACACCUCAGCCUUACAUUCCAACAAAGACGUCUGUCAAAAAUAUGAUAUUUUUUUAUGACCAUGGUAUCCGGAUGCCUCCGAGAGAGACCUAACUAGCGCCUAAUGACCGUCCACCGGAAAUGUGGGCUUAGCCCACCGGGAAACCCGCCGAAGUCAUCCAGGGGGGCUUGUGAUCACCCCAUAUUAAUCCAUCAAGGACUACAUGGAGCUUGGACAUGGGCUUCUCCGUAUUGGGUCCAAAUGUUGCUCAAGAUAAUCACCACAAAUCCACCAGCAACUGCGUUUCGAACCAUGCACCUGUAGGGUAAGACCCUAAAAUAUGGUCCACCCGCUUGCCACUAGACCACUAACACAUGGUUCAGAAAUAUGAUUUUUUUUUUAAAGAGAUACUUAAAUGUUUUAAUCUGAAACAGGUUAUACAUUCUUGCAACUGAUGGAAAAUUAUACAAAAAAUCUUAUACCGAGAAUUCAACUGCUUAAAUAUUCAUUCCAAAACAUUGCAUUUACAAAUACUACGUAUAAAUAGAACGAAAAACUUUAUGUAAUAAUUUACUAAAAAAUAGCUAAACUAAAAUAGUAAAAAAAUAUAUUAUGAGUUAUCUAACAAAUAUCAUACAAAGUUAAGGAAAAAAAUAGUCAAAAGACAUCAAAAGUUCAAAACUAGCAAAGUAAUGCUAUUUUGGUAUUCUUAAUUUUUUUUUCAAAAAAAAUAUUCGUGAACCUUUAAUAUUAAUUAGUUUUGUUUUAGGUUGGACUAGGUUGUUACUUGUCAUUUCAAUUGUAAAUUUGAAAAAAUAUAAAACCAAUUAAAAUUUGUAUAAAUUCUGAUAAUGUUUUGUCGAUAGUACAAAAAAAAAUUAAUAGACUCAAACAACGCGGGACAAAAAAAAGAUUCGAACAACUAUAUUGAUCAUAUUUAAUCUUUUUCUUCAACGUCUGCAUUGAAUUCUAAAUAAGCAAAUCAGUAGAGUUUGAUACCUAACAAAAACAGAAUAAAAAAAAAAAGAAAGAAAAAACACACAACACCUCAGCCUUAAGAUAAGGCCUAUGAACUAUUAAUCAAAUUCUCUGAAAAUCCGAUUGUGAAGUCAUGCUGGUCUCCUAGAGUGAGGUAAGAUUGAAAACGAUCAUCUCACAGCACACUCUUGGAAAUCCCUCGAGAAAUAUGAAUUGAGGUAGAUUACUCUGACUCGAAAGUGGCUUAACAGAAAGCCGAACAUAGCACACCAAUCCAUUGCAGCAACAAACUAUAGCAUGGCCAAUCAAAAGUUUUUAUUCACCGCUUCGACAAUCUCCUGGAAGUCUGUCCCAAUCAUUAUAUCUCAGGUCCUUCAUACUUUGUAGAGUCCAUUUCAAGCACCUCAACUCUGCUGUGUAUCUAUUUGGAGAGAAGCUAAAGGCAUUUCUCGCAUGAUGUAGUACCUCACCUCUGUAGUCCCUUGUUGUGAAGGUGAUAUACUAUGGAUUUUACCACUUUUUAUGCCACAGUAUAUUUUUUAUUGAGAUUAUUUAUGUUAUGUUUGGAGUAUAUUUUAGAAUCUUUACAGAUUUAGAUACGUUCUGGAACACAUUGUAGGGUUCAUGAAGCUAAAUGGAGCUUAAAGGGAGCAAAACCUGUAGCUGAGCAAAUGAAGAGGAAACAAAGUCGACGUACAGAGGAAGUGUCGGUCGACACUCACCCUUGAUGUCGAUUGACACUCACGUGAGAAGGCCUUGCCGAGGAUCAAGAAUUGGGUCCAGAAGUUUUCACAAAAUUACAAGAAUGCCCCUGGCAAAUUUUAAUCAAUAUAUAUAUAAUUAUGCCAGUGUUGAGGCAACAAAGAUAGAUUUGACUUUAUUAGUUUUAGAAGCUUUUUAAGGUUUGGAGAGAAGGUCCAAGAACUCUUUCAAAGUAUUGUAUUGGAACUCCGAUUUUUCUAUCUCUAAUCUAAUUAUGCUGUUCAUUUUGUUUAUCAUUUUGUCUUGCUUGAUUAUGUUGAGUAGAAUUCUUGUUAUACUUAGGGUUUAAUAUGGUUAUGAAGAAUUAUUAAUUUAGAACUAACGUGAUUAAUUGAAAUCUUUCAUAGAGUUAGAUCUUAUUGCAUGCAUUCUAAAGUAGCUAACUAGAAUCUUGAUCUUAUGAUUGACAACUGCGACAGUAGGUUCAUACCUGAAUAUAAUUAUGUUGAGCUAAGUUAUUAUGCGCAGUGACACACUGGUUUAGUGCUCGACUUAGAGAACUUAUCGAUCUGAUCAUUAACGCCUGUUUGGAAGCGUAUCGAUUGACACUCUAUAGGUGUAUCGAUCGACACUCAUUCUGUAUCGCAUAUGAAAGUAUGGUACAUAUUCAAACAUGUAGACUUACAGUGAGAGCUGGAGAUCUUAUAUUUGCAUUUGAGUCCUAGCAUUUAUUAUCACAUGUUCUUAGCAUUCAUAUCUAAUUUGGAUUACCUAAACCUGAAAGUCUAGCUUUUGUCUUAUCUGUUUACAAAACACAACUAUCUUAUCUACUGUCUUAUUAAUCAUUUAUUGUGUGUCCACGCUCCCUAUGGAUUCAAUCCCUAAGUACUACAAUUGAACUUCUUAUUUGAUAGAAUAAAGUUAGUUCUAGAAUAAUUUGAGCUAGUAUCAGAAGGACACACCACUAUGCAGUGAGGAAUUCCUCCACUUCUCAUGAAUGUUGCACUUAACAUAACCAUGAAUCGGUGGCUCCUACUUCUUUUAUCUUCCAAAAGACCGUUAUCAACUUCAUUGCUUCUUUGAUACACUUUGAGUUCAUUCAAGAUACGGGUUUCCUCACAAGCCUUCUGUAUUUGGUCAGAAAUUGAAUCUUGUACACUGCAUACAAAAUUGCAUUUCGUUUUUUUCAAAUCAACCACAGAACCUAAGGAAUCGAUCUUCUGCUCGCUAUAUGUACAGUUUCCUCCGGCAUCAUCUGUAGAGAGGCUGUUAAAAUCUCCACCAGGUUAUGAUUCAUCGGAGGAGGGAGAUUUAGAAAACCAGCCAACACCCAAGCAUCCUUUGCAACCGGAUAGAGAAACAUAACAUGAGCAAUUGAUUAUGUUCCUUCCGUACACAGCUUGCAUCUAAUGUCCAUGGGCAUUACACGUGAAGUUAAUCUCUCUGCUAUAUAGCAAGUGCACCUGAAGAAACACGCCCCAAAAAGCUACAAAUCUUAGGAAUUGUUCAUAUUUCGCUUUAGCUCCAAAAGCCCUUGUUCCCGUGAUCCUUCUGCAGUGCUUGAGAUUCUUUAGCUUUUGUCGCAAGCAAGUACCCACUCUUCAGUGUAUAUGAUCCAUAAACGGUUAAAGCCCGAAUAUUCCUAUCCAAAACAUCCCCAACUGAUAGUUGUAUGAUGUGCUUUACCUCAUUCUCCGAAAAGAGAUUAUGAAGGUAUGCUAUAACCCAUUGGCCAUCAGUUCCUAUUAAUGUUGAAACCUUAAGAUUCUCAUCAGUCGUGCUGUUUAUAUUCACUGGUCUUUAAGGUAGAUCAUCCAUGAUCUAUUUCUCUAUCCAUACAUGAGUCGACUUCUCAUCUCCAAUGGACUUAAUUAGACCCUUGCUAAGCAAAUCUUGACCAAAAAAAGAUUUUUCUUUCAGGCAUAAGAAGGUGUGUACCCUUUCCCACACUCCAUAAAACUUUUGUUAGCAAAGUACUUUACUUCAUUCAGUAACCUCCAAGCUUGUUUAGACAAUAAGGCUUGAUUGAAAUCUUUGACAUCCGGGAAGUCCAACUCACCAUUUGCUUUGAGACAGCUUAUUCCAGCAAUUUCAUAAGCUAUCAAGAGAUUAUCGGAUAUAAGGCGACCGGGGAAAAAGUCAUCAUGAGCAGUAGAAACCACGUGUGGCAAUAGAUUCUUCAGUCGGCUGCAGAGAAUUUUGAAGAUGAUUUUGUACACCAACAAACAUAGACUGAUAGGCAGUAUAUAUUUCCUCUAGUUAAGAUUAGAAGCUUUCGGCAAUAGGAAAAUCUUUGUGAAGUUCCAAUUAGAUGGAAUGGAGCCUGACUCAAAAAAAUUUUGAACCUCAUGUGUAACUUGAUGACCCUUGAUAGUCCAAAACCUUUGAAAAAGUGACCUGUCAUCCUGGUGUACCGUCACUUUUGAUCGGUUUAACUUCUCUUUUUAUUUCCGAGUCCGAAACAGGUUUAAUAAAACCUUUUUCAUUCUCUCAGUGAUCGGUCCAUCCCAUUUUAUAACUCUUGAAGGAUCAGAUGUUCCCGUUGACCGGAACAAGUCAGUGAAAUACUUGACUAUGAUCUCCCCAUUCUUCUCAUCGGAAAAGUGUUCCAUGCCUGAUUCAUUCACUAGGGAAUGAAACAUGUUUUUCAUCUUCCUUGAUUACUCCCAGCCAUGGAAGAUCUUUAUGUUUUUUUCAUCAACAUGUAACCAAGAGUUCUUACACUUCUAUUUCCAAAAAGCCUCUUCCUCGUUAAAAGCUGUCUCCAAAUCUGUCUGAAGUAUCAGUAACCUGUUUAAGUUCGGUCACUGCUUACUUUCCUCAAGCUCUAACUCUCACUGUAAUCUCUUAAUGUUAGAGUCAGCGUUUACAUUCGAGCCUCUCCUGUCUACAAGACUUGAUUCUUUUUUAUGCCGUUUCUUGACAAGUAGGAAAGUUUGAACACCAGACCUUCUGAAUCACAUCAGUAAUAUCUAGUUUUUUUUUUUACUCUAGCGUUUGUCAAAAAUGAAACCCCAUGUCCGUCUUUGCCCAAAAUGUGUCAAACUCGUUACUAGUGGCCUAUGAUCCGAACCCAAUCUAUACAAAUACCUAGAAUGCGAGCUCGGGAAUAGCCUAAACCAUUCAGCAUUUUCAAAAGCUUUGUCCAGUCUACACUGGAUCCAGACCUUCUCUUUAAUAUCAUUACUCGAGAUAUCUCUGACUUCCGCCCAUGACAGAGGAUUUCCAAAACUUGGAAUUUCUUUUAAAUGACACUCUUUCCAAUGCUUUGAAAUAAAAAAGAACUCUAAUGUAUUCUUGGUCCUCCUACUUUUCAGAACUAUUCAUGAGCUCAUAAAAAUCUCCCACCAGAAACCAGCCAUCAUUCCUAUUCAAAUCAAUAUUCUUUAAAGAAUUUCAAACCAGAGACCUUCGUUUCCGGACAGGAUCCCCAUAGACAAUGGAAAUAUAGAAUAACAGUGAACCUAACUUCACCUUUGUAUCAAUUAUCCUGUCUAAUGCUGGUAGAAUAUUAACUUCUUAAUUACUUUUCCAAAACAGAGCUAAACCUCCACUCAGCCCCCCCUGGGUUUACCCGAUAAAAAUUGUUGGACUCAAAUUCUUGCGAGGUACAAUAACAGCAUAGGCCCAUUUUCUUUAUCUACCCCGAGCUCGUUUAGUCGGUUAGGGUUUGACACCGAGCUCGAGGCAGAAGGAUAUUCCUAGGAAUCAACAAGGGGAACGAUUCAGAGAUCUUCGAAUCAACAACCAAUCAGGAAGAAGAUCACGGAAACAAAUGAGGGAGAGAGUGGGUAUAAAAAGGAGAGAAGAAAAGACACACGCAAAAUCCUAAAGAUUAUACACAAACACUCAACUUCGACUUCUAUCUCAUUCUCUUUGUAGUCCGUUUUAGAUCUUGUUCAUUGUUUCAAUCAUUUUUUGUAAACAUUUGUUAUAUUUCCAUUACUUCAUAAUAAUUCCAUUUUUGUCAACCGGAAUCUGAUUACAUCAUAUUGUUAUGGAGAUAUUGUUGCCUACGUUAUUUUUUUUUCAAUCUUUACAAACUUUCAUCUACUUUUUGCGGUUUCAACUAUUUUCUAAGUUAGCUAGAAUGUACAUUUUUUCAAUUAUCAUAUCCGAAAAUCUAGUUUAAAACAGGUAUAACACCAUUUGUAGACAGAGUCACUCAUUCAUAAAAUAAGAAUCGUCAAUGAGCAUAAAUAAAUAAAUAAAAUCAGUACCUUCAAAGAAACAACCACGGCAUCAGUAUCACCUGUAUAGCCAACCAUAUCUCCAUUUGUCAAGUUAACUCGCACCUGGAAGUCAAUAUUAAGUAAGAAAAACUGUUUUGUUUUGGUGAUGAGAACAAGUGAAUAUGAGAAAGAAGUACACAGUUUGAGAUGGACUUUUGAAAGAAGGAUUUCGAUCAGAUACGUGUUAGGAGAUCAUAUAUGAAGUUAUUAUUAAUAAAGGACAUGUUAAGGAAGCUACAUAAACUGACGUCACUGUCAUCAGAGUUAUAACCUUAUGGUGGCGAGCUUUGCUUCCUACACAAGUAUCAGCAGCAGCUCAAAUCUGUGCUAUGUCAAACCUAGAAAAUAUUGUGCUAAAGCUGGGGGUUUACUAAAUGAAUUACCGAUUAACUAGAGAGUUUAAUAUCACGUACGAUGUCUAUGGAAAGUUGUUACUUCAAGCAAGCCACAUAAAGUGAAGGCUCAUUAAUCGAACUUAAAAUCCUACAGCCUUUGAAUAUGCAAAAAAUUCAAAAAAAAACUGUAUUUGCUAGUUUGCUACAGCAACUUCAAGAUAUUGUGAGAGGUUCACACGUGCUCUGAUCUAACUUAAAUUUGGUCUUGUUCUCCAACAAUCUGAGCAUCCCAACCACCAGUGCCCGUGCGAAGAGUUUUAAGGGCCUAAGGCAAAUUUUAAAAAUAAACUUAUUACAACUAUAAUAAAAACAAUUUUGCAAUAUGAUAUAUCGUUUUUACUAAAUAUACAAAUCUAAUACUGUAAAAGUAUAAGUUUAUGCUAUAUUAUGUCAUAUAAAAAAAAAUACAUGAAUUCAGAAGGUUAAUUAGUCUACUAUGUGGAAAGGGUUUCUAAAAAAAUAAGUCUAAAUCAUUAGAUUAUAAAUUAUUUUAAAUUUUGGGGUCCUAAAAAAAUUCAUAUUAAUUGGGGGCCUAAAGCGAAUGCCUUUUUCAAUACACUGUAGGCAUGCCUCUGCCAACCACGUUUCACAACACCCAAUCGUUCUCGUAUCGAUCCAAAGUCACAUACAUACGACUUCCACAAGAUGCAAUCUGAGUAUCCACACCAUUCUCACGCAACUUAACGAGGUCGGCUUCAAGAGUCUCCACAAAUGAAUCUUUUAUUUCCCUGAAAGUCAGAUUCUUUGUUAGACAAUGUAGGUUAUUUAUGUUCACGGCUUAGGUCAAACCUUUGUUUUUGUGUUCAAGUCAUGUACUUUAUCGUAUUUAAUAUGGAUGAUUCAGGUAUUGAUAUUCAUGAAUCAUGAUGUAACGAAUACAAAAUCAUAAGCGUCAGUGUUCUAAAGGUGCCUUUUUGUUGCAGUAAAUGUGUAGAGAACGAUACAACCGAAACAAAACGCUCGAGAUCAUAUUAACCACACAAAGAUUUCAUCAAAGUCUAAAGAUCACUCAAAGAUCUUAAGUUUUUUAUGAUGUCGAGUUAAAGGAUGAUUAACAAAGUGAAAUUUGACUCAUCACCGGAUUUGAUUUAAUCAAACGCACAAGAGAGACUGAUUAAAUAUAGCCCAAUCAAUAUUUUUAAAACAGGAUCAUUUCUGAUUUAUAGCCUUAGUGAAAAAUACAAUUUUGCCAAAAAUACAUUUACUUUUAUAAGGGAUUACUAAAAUUUAUUAAUGGCCUUUAAAUUUUGGGCCUAAAAAUACACCUAAAUGUAUCAAUAAAUAUUGGGCCUACAUAUAUUUAUAAGAUAUGCUAAUUUUAAAUUUAAAUAUUGAACCUACAUAUAUUAUGAACCAUAUAUAAGUAACAAAUAUAAUAACAAACAAAAUAUUAUUUUCUUAAAUCUAUAAUUCAAUAUUCAAAAUAGAGCAUUUAAAUAUUAUGCAUAUUUUUAAUACAAACCAAAACCAUAUAUCCUACAUCAUAUAUCUUAUACAUAUUUGAAUAUUAUUUUUCGUGUAUAAUAUUAUUUAAUAAAGAAAAUGAGUAUAUACACAACUAAAAAAAUAUGUUGUUUACUAUGUCAUUUGGUACCAGAUAUUGAUAAGACAAAUACAAAUGGUUAAGAAUAUUUUAAAAGUUAUCAUAAAUUAAAUUUUAAUUCUAAAAUAAAAAAUACAAAAUUAUAAUAGGUUAAAAUUAUAACAAGUUUAUGUAAUAUUAAAUAGUAUAUGAGUAAUUUAUUAAAAAAAAAAAUUAAGGACAUUAUGAGAUAAUUUGUGUUCUUAUCGGAUCAAUGGUAUCAAGUAGCGGGUUAAUAACGAGUUUUAUUUUUUUACCAAAUUUUUUUGGAUUUUAACUAGCAAUUUUUUUAUUAAAUCCUAACCGGAUCAUAUACAUGGUACUGAAUCUACCGGUUCGACCACGGAUCUAGAUCAAAUAUGCAAACAGUUCAUAUAACUCAAAAAUUAUUAUAUAACACCUUUUAAAUUAUUAUUUUUUAAUAAAAAGUUAAAAAUUCAUACAAAUUUGAUCAAAAUGGUUCAACAAAAAAGUAGUUUUGCUUUCAAAAAUAGUAAUAACUUCUAAAUCGAAUAGGGAUAAAAAAAUAGUGUAGAUUGAUGGUUCGAACUAUAAUUCAAAUAUAUGAUAAAGAAAAUUCAUUUUCAGUUUCAAAUCGACUAUAUAUAUACUCAUAUCCUUUCUACAUUGUAAUGAAAACACAUUUUUUCAAUAUAGAAAUCUAUAUAUCAAAAUCAAACAUAUCAUUUUUAAAUUUAUUUCGAACAAAUAUCAUAUUUUGAACAGAUGAUAAAAACAUAAAAAACUCAAUUGUUAUGAUUUGAAACAAAAAUGACAGUUUGUAAAUCAGUUUUGGAUAAAUAAAUGAAAAAACAAGCAUGCAUUUUGGUCAAAAUUAAAUUUGUAUUAUAUUUCUAAAAUAAAAAGAUUAAAAUAAAUAAGAAAAUAGUAGUAGCUGCCAAAACGAAAAAGAAUUUUUUUUAAUAUUGUAAACGCCAUCAGCAAAACAAUAAACCCUAAAUCUUAACAUACUAAACCUUAAACCCUUGGCUAAAUCUUAAACCUUAAAUCAUAAACACUAAACACUAAAUUCUAAACACUAAACCCCCAAACAUCGUGAGUAAAACUCUAAACUCUAAGUUCUGGAGUUUAGAAUUUAUCCAAUGGUUUUGGGUUUACACAAAAGUUUAGAAUUUAAGAUUUAGUUUAUGAUUUAGGGUUUAAUUUUGCUGACAGAGUUAACAAUGUUAAAAAAAAAAUUUGGCAGUUAAUACUAUUUUUCUUUAUUUUACUUUUUUACUUUAAAAAUAUAAUACGAUUUGAUAAAUUUUUAUUAUUUUAUUUUUUCAAAAGUUAAAUAUGAGAUAACAAACUAUUAUUGAUCGGUGAACCCAAAAAAAACUCCUUGGUGAUUGUGUUUUGGAUCCGAUUUUUGAGGGUCCUAUCCCCUGACCCAACGCAUUAUGUUUGUCUUUCUUUUCCUCCCAUCGUUCGUUUUUUCUCGGUUAUAUUUUAACGGAUAACAACUUCUUUUAACCAAAAUUAUUUUUUUGAACAAACCAAAAAAAAACAUUUGAACAAAUCCUUUUUUCUUUCAUAACUCCAUUCUAUACAUUGCUGGUCAUAUGCUUGAUCUUUGUACAUAAUUGGAUCUAUUACAAUUCAGCCAAGAAUUGAUAUCGAUCUCCAUGCAUUGCAUUAGCCAUGUGAUAUGUAAUGUUCAAUGAAUCUUUAUAUUCAACUUAUUGCAUGAAAAAAAAAACUUAUUGCAUGAGAUGUUGACGUUCUUGCCAUAUUUUUCUAUUCAAAUUUUAUGCGAAAAUGUUAUUACAUGAACCUCAUUAUAAUUGAAAUCUGUAAUAUCUAUCAGUGAAAAUUCUUAAUAUUGUUCGCCAAAAAUGCUGAUCCUAACACAUAAAUUUUUUUUCCAUAUCCCAAAAAUAUUCAAAUUAAUAUAACGUUUUCUACCGAAUUGUAUGAAGCCGUGAAAGUGUUUCGAGUUUUUUUUAGCAUUAAGGUUUGGUUUAAUGUACGAACCUUGUUUAGUUCUUUUGUUUCACCAUACUAUGACCUUUUGAAAGAAUAACAAGUUGUUGGAAUCUAAUGACAUAGUAUUGUUUGAUCGAGUUUCCUGGAAACUUUCACUUGUGGUUUUUGACCUGAUAUAAAACUCUUACAUGUCUUAAUCUUGUUAUAUGUUAUUGCUAAAUCUUCAUGAGUCCCACUUUGUCUUUUAAACUAGUUUUCUAUGUUUUCGAAGACGGCUAAAUAUUAUUAUUCAAAAGAAUUUUGUAUUCGAUGCUCUAGCCUGUAUAAUACAUGUUGAAGACAAAGUCAGGCAAUGACUUGAUCCAACGUAAAAGUAAACUACAAAAUCACGUCUUAAUAUCUCUAGGGAUGAUUAUGUUACAAGCUUGUUCAGCUCUUAUUUCCUAACUAUCUCUCUUUUGAGGAAAAAAAAAAUCACAGUUGUUGCUUAUAGAAACGUAUUUGUUGUGUCUUUGGCAGGAUAUAAAUUAAACUUAUAAUAAGAAAAAUGGGUACAUGUAUGUCAACACAUUCAAAAAGCAUUAGGCCAUGGAAGAGGAAAGGCCGUCGCAGAUUUUCCAAACACAUUUCUAAAGUCUCUGAUGUCAUCUCUCAUCCAAAGAUUAGACGGGCAAGUGAUGUCGGAAUCCAAGCCGCUUUCGAUGUUUAUCAAAAUGAUGCUUGGUAUGAUUCUUUAAGUAUGUUUUCGGACUCGGAUGAUGAAUUUAUCAGCCUACAUGAAGCUGAUAAUAUCUGGUCAGAGAAUGGUGAAGUGGUUCAGUUUGAGGCUUCUUCAUGCAUUGUUGAUGAAAAAGGAAAUUAUGAAGAAUACCAUAAGAGUUAUUUGAAGAUUGAUAGCGGUUGUAAAACCGAAAAGUUUAUGAGCAUAGGUUCAUACAAAGAUCUUAAUGGUUUAUCAGUUGUCACUGGAAACAACAAGAAGAAACUAUUGGAUCAUACUGUUGGAAGCUUCAAAAUUUCGAAGGAACAAAAACGCACCUCUCAAGAGAAAACAUUGAAACCUAGCUUGAGCCGGUUGAUACCAACGGUUAGUUUCAACGACAAGACUUUACACUCUCCCACAUCUCAGAAAAGAAAGUCUGCAGUUUACCGGCUUUCAUUCAAGAGGACAUCAUGCGAUGGUGAGGAAGUCGUCGAGCAUAGGUCGUCCAAGAGCUUCUUAUAUCGUCCAAAAGCAGGAUUCACGGUUCCUUGUUUAGCCAAAGAGAAACAACAAUCCUCAGGAACUUGGUGUGAGAUACCUCCUUCAAGUUUUAAACUACGUGGCGAAACAUAUUUCAAAGAUAAACGGAAGACACCAGCUCCAAACAAAUGUCCAUACACUCCUAUUGGUGUUGACCUGUUUGUGUGUCCAAAGAAGAUUGAUCAUAUAGCUCAAUACAUUGAGCUUCCCACCGUCAAAGCCGAGUCAAAGCUCCCUGCUCUUCUGAUUGUCAACAUUCAGUUGCCAACUUAUCCAGCCGCGAUGUUUCUUGGUGAUACUAAUGGAGAAGGUAUGAGUAUUGUACUUUACUUCAAAUUACGUGAUGAUUACGAGAAAGAAAUCUCCCAGCAAUGCCAAGAGAGCAUCAAGAAACUAGUGGAAGAUGAGAUGGAGAAAGUUAAAGGGUUUGCAAAAGACAACAUUGUUUCGUUCCGAGAAAGGCUUAAGAUCAUAGCAGGAUUAGUUAACCCUGAUGAUCUCAGUCUUAACUCCACUGAAAAGAAGCUUAUACAAGCUUACAAUGAAAAACCCGUCCUGUCACGCCCUCAACAUAACUUCUUCAAGGGUCCUAAUUACUUUGAGAUUGAUUUGGACGUUCAUCGGUUUAGUUUCAUAUCAAGAAAAGGGCUUGAAGCCUUUCGUGAUAGACUUAAAAAUGGAACUCUUGAUCUUGGCUUAACUAUCCAGGCUCAAAAACAGGAGGAGUUACCAGAAAAAGUCUUAUGUUGUAUAAGGCUGAGCAAGAUUGACUUCGUUGACCAUGGCCAGAUCCCAACGCUUUUAAUCCCUGAUAAAGGAGAAUCUCUUGAUUGAACCAGAAACAGUGUGAAUUGUUUUCACUGAAUUUGUUGUGCAGUGACGAGUUGUGUAACACUAAUAUAUAUUAUUAUCCAUUGAUAAUCACAAAUUGUAACACCUGAAUGUCUUCUUCUUGAGUUUGUCCUUUGUUGCGACCUGUUCUUGAAACUUUUUGCUGAUCUUUCUUUUUUCUGGCUGAUCUAUUAUUUAAUUUUGAGAUGA